AUGGCGGCCACUGACCGUUCCCGGUCUGAAGCUGCAAAGCAGCGACGGCAGGAUCAGUUACAGCGAUGGCUGGAAUCGGAAACCGAUCAGACGGGACCAGGAACGCGGGAUGGGUCAAUGGGAACCGGGACACGGCGGGCCCGGGUUCGGUUCGCUCAGGGAGCGGUGUUUAUGGCUGCCUGUUCGGCCGGGGACACAGAGGAGGUAGCGGCGCUCCUACGACAGGGCGCUGACAUCAACCACGCCAAUAUAGACGGGCUGACAGCGCUUCACCAGGUAUUUAACUAG